AUGUGGUGUGCUGCAGCCGUAGUUUUCACGCUCUUUUGGGCAUCGGGCCUCCAACAGUUCCCGCGCCUGUGCACCACCCGUCAGGCCCUCCUGGCCAAGGAGUGCUGCCCACCUUCGGAUGUGGACGGCUCGGCGUGCGGGGCCAGCACCGGUCGAGGCUUCUGCAGGGACGUGGUGGUACCCGAUAACCCGGACGGGGCGCAGUACCCUUUCAGAGGGUUGGACGACCGGGAGAAGUGGCCUCUGGUGUUCUACAACCGAACCUGCCAGUGCAUGGGUAACUUCAUGGGGUUCAACUGUGCUGAUUGCAAGUUCGGCUAUUAUGGGGAAAACUGCCAAGAAAGAAGGUAGUCCCUCCGGAGGAAUGUUUUCCACCUGACCCGAGCCGAGAAGACCCAACUGGUGUCUUACCUUAACCUGGCCAAGCAGACACCCAGUGAGGACUAUGUGGUUGCCACGGGAACCUAUCAGGAGAUGGGGAACGGAUCCAACCCCGCCUUCGCCAACGUUUCCGUGUACGACAUUUUUGUGUGGAUGCAUUACUAUGUGUCCCGUGAUGCCUUACUGGGCGGGCCGGGGAACAUUUGGGCCGACGUGGACUUUGCACACUGGGCUCCGGGGUUCCUGCCGUGGCACCGUGUCUACCUGCUGUAUUGGGAGCGCCAGAUAAGGAAAAUAACAGGGGACGACAGCUUCGCCAUCCCCUACUGGGACUGGAGGGACGCGCAGGGAUGCGAUGUGUGUACGGACCAGCUGAUGGGGGGCCAAAACCCCCGGAACCCUAGUCUGCUUAGUCCCGGCUCAGUCUUCUCUUCUUGGAGGUCGCUGUGCUCCCGAGCACAGGACUACAACGCCCGCGGCAUCUUGUGUAAUGCUCUGGCAGAGGGCCCCAUUCGCCGUAACCCAGGCAACCACGACCGCAGCCGGGUGGCUCGUCUGCCCACUUCCGCGGAGGUGGCCUUUACCCUCAGCCUGGCCAACUACGACACAGGCGCAAUGGACCGCAGCGCUAACAUGAGCUUUCGGAACACCAUCGAAGGAUUUGGGGACCCCCAGACUGGCUUGGGUGGCAGCACCCGUAUGGGCAUGCACGCUGCUCUGCACGUCUUUAUGAACGGAUCAAUGUCGUCAGUGCAGGGCUCGGCAAACGACCCCGUUUUCCUCCUGCACCAUUCCUUUGUGGACAGCCUCUAUGAAGAAUGGCUCAGGAGGCACAGGCCCAACCCGUCCCAGUACCCAACUUCCAACGCCCCCAUUGGACACAACAGCGAGUAUCACAUGGUUCCCUUCCUGCCCCUGCACACCAACAGAGAAUACUUCAUAACCAGCAAAAACCUGGGAUACGAGUACUCUCGCCUGCUGGGUGCCAACCAGCUUCUGUAUGAGUCUUGGCGUCCUUACCUGGAGGAAGUCCACGCCGUGUGGCCGUGGCUAUUGCUCGCAAGCCUCUGCAGCGUCUUCCUGACUCUAUGCGUGGCCGCCGUCGUCGUCAAGUGCAAAGGGCGCGUUUGGGCGUGGCCUCAGCUCCCCAAAACAUUCUCCCUGUUCCAAAGCCUGCCAGAGCGACAGCCACUUAUCAGGAGGGAUUAA